GGGCAGCCAAGGAAGAGAGAGGAGGAAGAAGCAGAGAGAGAGCGUGCCCUGGAUGAGGUGAGAUGAGAAGGCAGCAGAGGGACCGGCAUGAAGAGUAUGUCAGUAUGUGAUGGUAAAAGACCUUGUUGCAGCUGGCUAGUCUGGAGAGUGCUGCGACAGCUGGUCAUCUUCCCCGGCAGCUCAUCUUUUGGCACACUUUGUUAAAGCUACAGUUUUACAGGAAAUCUGUGGUGAGCUUUACUGAGAAGGCUUGACUUCCCCUACUGUGAGUCCCAGUUACACACACAGACAAAGUUUAAAGUACAAUACUAACAUUUUUUGGAAUGGUAAGCAAGAUUAUGAACAUCAAGACACAGCAAAGACUAGAAAGUAGUAAAUAGGAAAACUGCUAGCAGCAAUGCAAGAUUAUGGGGCUCCAUACUUACAGUCCUUAUGGAAAGCAAGAAGAUGCCCCUGGGACAGAUAGUAAGGCAGAGGCUUCUGCCGAGGUGUCUGACAAAUUUUAGGGGUUUCACACUGAAUAUUUAUACCAUAAGGGGAGAGAUCUGAUAAUCAUCACAAAACUGUACAGCACCAAACUGCAACCUGAUGGUAUUAUGUGCUUUGUGCACUUUCCCAUUGUGUACUUGUCCUCUAGAGUGUAAGACAGCACUAGCUUUCUAGGUCUUAGCAGCUCUUGAGCUGUGCCUUUAUAAGAGCAAAAGGUCACAGUCACAGACAAGCUUUCACCGCAGUACUGUCAAGGUCUGAGCCCUUGUGCAGGCCGGAGCCCAAGUGUCAUCCUGUAUCAGGAGAACAGAUAGUUUUAAAGAUUCAAGGUCUGCUGUUUCCAUGAAGAUGUGAUACUUAUCACAGAAGAAGUCUGCAAGAGACCAUGAAGGACAGUAACUCCCCUUUUUUACAGUUGCAGUCAGUACAGUUUAGUUUAAAGUUCAAAGGAAUCCAUAUGGAGAUUCCCUUCCGUUCAAUACUUCAUACGUUUCAGUAGCACAAAAUACACUGGCAUGCACUGUAAAAAUACUCGGAUUUUUAGCAGAACCCUUCCCACAGUCUGAAAUCUUAUGUGUUAGAUAUCUGAGUAGGGGUCAGUGGAAUUCCCAAAAGAUUAGGCUACAUUUCUCUUGGAUGUGCACUGCAAUGUGUAUAUAAUGAGCUGCGCCAAAGUCUUCUGAAGAUUGUGGUGUGAUGAGAAUAUGCGUACCUCAUGUACGUUGGUAAAAAGGCCCCAUAAAAAUGUCACUCCAGCCUUUUCACUCUUCUCCUCCUGCACUUUCUGAAAUUUGAAAAAGCCAGAAUUGCCCCUUACUAUUGUGCAGGAAAAAAACAUCUCUGAACUGUUUUUAGCAGAACAUUUCUGUGUCUUUGAUGAAGACACUGGAAAUGUUCCUCGUUGAGAAAAGCUGUAACAUGUAGUGUGACAGGCAUGUUUGUUUGGUCACUUUGUAGUGGGGAAUGAAAAUAUGAUUGAGCACUAAAGCAGGUGUUUGAGCGUUGACUUCUAAGCAAAGAAUAAAGUACAGAUUUGCAUGGGGAUUUUGCUUACUCGACCCUUAUUUCAGAUGCCAUUUAAAGCAUGAUUUAAAGGAGGAGUAACCAGAGGGACAGUCCAGUAAAGUGCUGCGUGAUUCUGAGGUGCCGAAUGCUAUCUGUUACCAUUGCUUGCGAUGAGAUUUAAAGGUAAUCAAUGUUGGCAGGAUCUGAACCAUCAUAAAUUAUGAAGAUAAGAUGGUUAAUAAAAGAAUGCAAAUGCGGAAGGUAAGUUUGUGUUUCUUGACAGUGUUCAGCAUGACUUUUGUAAUUAUUAACUUCAUGCUAAAUGCCUGAGAUAGUCCUUGUUCAAAUGCCUCAGUCUAGCUCCAUAUUAUCUCCUAACAACAUUUCCACAAUGAGGAAAAGAAAGACAACAGAUUCACCUCGUUCAUCCACAGAUUUGACUGAAGGGAAGGAGAAAUUAAGAUUGAAGAAAGAGGUUGGCCUCAUUAGUGGAGUGUCAUUAAUUGCAGGUACCAUGAUAGGCUCGGGGAUCUUUAUGUCCCCCGAGGAGGUGCUAUACCGUAUGGGAAGCCCUGCCAGCAGCCUGCUUAUCUGGGCAGCAUGUGGUCUCCUCGCCAUGUUCGGAGCCUUGUCGUACGCUGAGCUUGGAACCAUAAUUAAAGAGUCUGGAGGUGAAUAUAUUUACAUCUUGAGGAUUUUUGGUUCUUUUCCUGCUUUCCUUUUUGCCUACACUUCUGUUAUCCUAGUGAGACCAGCUGGUUUGGCAGCUGUCUGUCUGAGCUUUGCUGAAUAUGCUGUUGCACCGUUCUACCCAGGAUGCUCAUCUCCGCAGGUUGUCAUCAAAUGUACAGCUGCUGCCUGCAUCCUGCUUUUAACUAUCAUCAACUGUCUCAAUGUGAGGCUGGCGACAUCGAUUAUGAACAUUCUUACAGCUGCCAAACUGUUGGCUUUGUUGGUGAUUGUGGUAGGCGGAUUGGUGCUGCUUGCCAAGGGACAAACUCAGAGUUUUCAAAAUGCUUUUCAAAACACGACUGCAGGUAUUGGGGCAGUUGGAGUGGCAUUUUACCAGGGACUUUGGUCCUAUGAUGGCUGGAACAACUUGAACUAUGUAACUGAGGAACUGAAGAAACCUGAGGUGACCCUUCCCAGAGCUGUGAUGCUUGCCAUUCCUUUGGUUACAUGCCUGUAUUUGCUGGUAAACGUGAGUUACUUAGCAGCCAUGACUCCAUCUGAACUGCUGUCUUCAGGAGCUGUGGCUGUCACUUGGGGGGACAAAGUCCUGGGCAAUUGGGCAUGGCUCAUCUCCCUGUCGGUGGCACUGUCUACAUUUGGUUCAUCGAAUGGCACAUUCUUUAGUGGAGGCCGCGUGUGCUACAUUGCUGCAAGGGAAGGCCAUAUGCCAGACAUUCUGUCUAUGGCUCAUGUGCGAUGCCUCACGCCCUCCCCUGCUCUGCUGUUUACAUCUGCUGUGUCUUUAAUAAUGGUAGUAUCAGGAAGCUUCACCAGUAUCGUGAACUUUUUCAGUUUUAUAGCAUGGUUUUUCUAUGGCAUGACUAUUUCUGGCCUCCUGUAUUUAAAAAUCAAGAAACCAGAACUGCCAAGAUCUUACAAGGUCCCGAUUCUCAUCCCUGUGAUCGUGCUGAUAGCAGCUGUGUACCUGGUGUUAGCUCCCAUCAUUGAUCAACCCCAGAUUGAGAUCCUCUACAUUGUCCUGUUCAUUUUCAGUGGCAUCAUUCUUUAUUUCCCACUGGUUCGCUAUAAGCGCCACUCUCACUUUUUACAGAGAGUCACUUUACAUCUCCAGUUGUUCCUGGAAGUUGCUCCAACCACUAAGGAUGCAAACUGAGAUAACAUCCUCCUGGCAUAUGGCUGCCUGCCCCUCAUGGUUUAUCCCAACACCUUGGUUUUCAAGGCUUAGAAAAUAUUCUGUAAGGGAGAAUGAGUAGAAAGAAAUCAUCAGUAAAAUGCCUAGCUGAGAGGGACUAGAGCCAUGACUCCUCACAUUUCCUUAAAAUUUUGGGGACAUGUUUUUCCCAUUUUCAGCUCUGCCUUGGUAGAUUACAUACAGGUUCCAAACGAAUACAUGUUUUUGAAUUUUCCAUCCCAAGAAGAGGUGUUCACCAAACCCUUAGCUCUUCUAUUUCAAGGCAACAGGCAAAAAAAGACUGAAAAUGAAAUAUUAUUCCUAUAGCAGGCUGUGACCCUAAGCCAUUCCUGGUAAUGCCUUUAAUUAUUUCCACCUAGUUCUGCCCACUGUGACCACAGAGCUUCUCCAAUAAAUGAAGCAUGGAUACACUGUGUUCACAACAAAAAAACCUUUUUCACUCAGGUAUUUGCUUUGGGAGCUUGCUUUUCCCUUGCUCCUUCAGUUCCAGGUGCACAGUCCAACAGUCCUUUCUCUGUCUCAGAAGUCAUCCUGUAUCUUUUGUAGAAAAACCUCUGAUGAAGAUGAGAAGUGCUUUGAAGCUCUGUAGUUUACUCAGUUGAGAAGGCACUUGUCAUCAGGGAUCCAUCCAGUCAUAGUGCAAACACAGGCAACAUCACUCAAGUAGCAACAGUCACUCGAUAACCUUCCUGUAAUUCCCCCAAAGACAAAUAAUUUGUCUUUGUCACUUGUGACAAAGUGAGCAAAAAAACCCCAAACUACAGCAAAUGAGCCAGAAAGAUACUCUCAUUGCAAAUUAAAGAAACCACAUACUAGGCUACGUUUGGAGAAGUGUGGCCAGCAGAUCAAAGAAAUGCUCUGUCCCUUUGGACUCAACACUGGAGAAGACACACCUGAAAUGCUGCACCCAGCAUUGGGUCCUGCUGUUCAAGAGGGAGUUGUGAAGACAAAGAGCCAGGCUCUUCUUGGUAGUGGUGGUGGUGGGCAACAGCCACAAGUUGUUGCUUGAGGUAUUCAGGCCGGACUUCAGGAAAAUUUCUUCACCAUGAGGAUGGUGUGCAGGAAGGUGGUGAGAUCUCAGUUCUUGUACAUUUCCCACCACAGCCAUUUCCACCAGUUUCCAAGAUUCUAAAGGCACAACACAAAAAAGUCAGGGGCUGUGCUCUCACCCACACCUAACACCCCUAACACACUGCAGUGGCUGUUUUCCUGUUACCCUGAGGCUGAAUGCUUUUUCUUUUCUUCUAGGGGAGAAAGAGACAUUACACACUUCUCUUUCCACUUGUACAGAUUGUUCCUGAAUAGGACCUGUCCUGCCAUAGGCUAAAAAGGUCUAGGUGUUAGUCCCUAAAAUGUCUUGUUUUAUCUCAAAGUACCGAGAAUGUUACCCAGGUUAACUUUGUCAGCUUGGUCUUCUGCAGACCUGUACCUAACACCACAUUCCUGGAACAGGGUGACUUGAUCCUCCAGGCCUCUUCCAGCCCAUCUCAGAGCUGUGUAUCUGAUAACAAUCUCACUCUGCCACAUCACCCACCUCUGCUGUUCCUCUGAGUGCUGAUACCAGCAGCUACACAGAUGCAACAGUGGUUUUUUCCAAGUGUUAGGUAUGCUAAUGGGAUUGGCCAGUUGCUGCUCAUCUUCUAAAUCCUUAGCUUAAACAGUGUUUAGGGGGAUUUCCUUCCACUGCUUCUUACUGGAGUUGUCAACAAAGGCCAAUGAAGGAACAGUUUUCCCUCCUGAAUCCCAUGACAAUGCAAAAUUCUUGGAAUGCCACCUUGUCUUCCCUCCCUGAUAGAGAGUGUGUACUUAAAUGACUGAUGAGCUCAGGAGCUCUAGGUUAACUUCCCACUACUGCCCUAGGCUCUUCAUCUGAUGUCAGGCAAGCUUCUCAAAGGAGCUAUAUCCCAGCUACUUAUCUAAAAAUUAGGAUAAUACUAUUUCUAUGAUUAUAUAUAUUUUUUUAACAGUUGCUGUUUCCUACACAUAUUUAUGGAACCAGCCACAUGGGACUGUGCUCUUUUGAAGAUCUACAGUCCAUAUCAAAAAAGUGGGAACUUAAAGGCUUAAAGACAUGCACAAUAUUUGUGGCUUGAACCACCUAUCCUUCUGUACCUAAAUAUAAUCAGGGUUGAUACUGUCUGCACGUAAUUCUUGUGGAACAGGAGUUAUUGCUGCUGUUUGACAUUAUGGGUAUAGUAUAGAUGAUGAGAAGAUGAAGGGAUUAAGUGGCUUGCACAUGAAAUGUGUGGAAAAUGUGACUGUUUCUCCCAAGGUCUCAUCAAGCAUCUUACCAUGUAACCCAUCCUUUCUUUCUGUGCAGCUGUGACAUAUGAACAAUGAUAAUGAACACAAAAAGACUUAACACUUUGAAUAAGUAGCCUUUAUAUGGUAUUGGUUGGUGUAUGGAUAAAGGGGAGCUGAAAAGCUGCAAGUAUUAUAUUUUGCACCAAUCUCAUUUUCUAUAGAUAUUAUUGCAACAAGAUGUUCUUUUUAUGUUGCCUAGAGUUUGCAAGCACAGGUGUUUAUAGUACCAAAACAAGAUGCUGAUAGCUCAGAGAAUGGCAAGAUAAUUACAAUAAAAUGGACAUUAAAAUGAA